AUGUCGGUGGAGAGAUUUACAAGUCAGGAUCUGGAAGACCCAUUCAUUUUGCCCAUAUUCAAGGAACGAGUGGACAGCUUCUACCAAAUGAUGGUGGUGAUGGUGCAGAAUAUAAAAGACAGUGAAAACAUUAAAAAGAUGGCAGAUUUUGACCCUAUGACAUAUGAUCAGUUUUAUGAUGCAGUUCAACAUCUCUUCAAUGAUGAAUUGAAAAGUGAAUAUAUAAAGGCUGUUUUUAAGAAGAUUAAUAGCCAUUUGGAUGCAUUUGUUGAUUGGACCGAAGAUACUUCCCCAGUGUCUGGCUGUGAUUACCUUAGCCAGUUAAAACGAAUCGUAACAGUCACUGAAAAGAGUGUUAUUGUCUGGGAUCAUAAACCAAAGAGUAAAAAUCAGACUAAUUUCAUUACCAUUAAACCCAUGCAAAAUAUUAUGCUUUGCGUCUGUGCGGUGAUCCAGCCUGAGAACACAGGUGAAGAUUACAUGUUGAUUGGUGAUGAUGCUGGUUUUGUGAGCCUAUUAAUUCUGGGAAAUGAAGAUCUCCAAAAAUCCAAGGAGGGGAACGCCUUGCAAUCCCAGGUUCUGGAACCACGACUUCUCCGUCGUCCUAUUUUACGACGGAAACUGCAUCAUGAGUGGGUAUUGAGGGUGAAAUAUUUUCCACAUUUGAACUCUUUUGUGAGCUGCUCUUCGGACAGUGUAAACUCGGUGGUGCUGGAUGACAUACGCAAGUUAGGAGACUGUCAGCCAAUUAGAACGCUGUCCGUUCCACGAGGUGUUAAUGCGUUUGAUUAUUGCGUGAAAGCAAAUACAUUUGUUACUGGCGGAGAAGAUAAAAUUGUUCGACUUUGGAAUCCUAAUAUGUUCUCCAAGCCAAAGGCAUUGUUGAUUGGUCACAACUGUAUCAUUACUGAGGUUGCAAUUAAUGAAGCAGAUCAACACAUCAUUAGCCUCUCAACUGAAGGGAUGUUCAGAGUCUGGGAUGUUCAGACAAUUGCUGUCCUGCAGAUCUUCAUCUUGGGUGAACGUCAAGUAGAUCGGCACUUCAACACAAUGGUGUUUGACAAUAAAAAUAAGAAAUUAAUUGCUGGAUCCACUUCAAUCGAACUUGUACCCCUAACAUCAGCGGUGCAGGACACUCUGGAGAUACCCCGUUCCCAUGAACGAUCCAUCAAUGUUCUUGUCCUCAACAAAAUUAGUGGCAAGGUUGUCUCCAUUUGUAGUAAAUCUGUAAUUAAGGUCUGGAAACUGCUAGGUGGAAAACAGCUCUAUCAAAUUGCACACCCUCAUGGACGCGCGAUAGAGGUGACAGCAGCAGCAGUGGAUGAACAUGGACUCCAUCUGAUUACAGGGGCAAUUGACGGAGUGUCGUGCGUAAUCGUAUUAUUUCCUCAGGGAGAUCAUUGCGUUCGCAAUGGCCACAAGGCUGACUUCGACAGCACAAAACUACUGUGCUGUACCAACGACCUUUGGGACUGCCUGGAUGGACCAGAUGAAUCUUCUUUCACAAUUCUCGGAACAUUUCCAAACUUGCUCAAUACAAUAUACAGCAGUAGUUUAUUCCCAUUGAAACAAUUUCAAAGCACCAGUGGACAGUCUGAUACUGUGAAGCAGGGUCAUCUGGAUGAUAAGGGAUUAUGUGGCAUUGAUAUAUUCAUCUGCAAUGCUGAAACCUUAUUAGCAAUGGGAUGGUAUAACUUGAUCAUAAUAUGGAAUUUUGAUACAGCACACAUCUUGCAAAUAUUUAAUGAAGAUCGAGUUUUGGAAGCCACAGAUGGAGGUGAACAGAAUAAUGUAACUCCAGAUAUGGAGUCAUCCAGGGUUCAAGUUGUCAAAUUUAUUGGCCUUAGAAGUAAAGUGAUUGAACUGCAGGCUCCUGAGAUAGUUACUGAUGAUCUGUCACAGGAUUCAAGCUUAAUUAUAAAUAACUUGUCAAAAGCCAGCUCAUUGUUUAAGUAUGCUGAGACCUUUUCAGUUUCUGAAUAUAGUCAAGCGGAGCUCAGCUCACCAAUGCCUUUUUUCAAUGAUGAACCUGCACUGACAACAUUGCCUGAACAAGAGCCUAACCCCAUUCUGCUAACUGCUCAUCAGGAUGGUUCUAUUCAGUUUUGGAGUGUAGAGGGUGUAAAACUGGAUAAAAUUUUGCCCACCAUUCAGUUUUGCAGUCCUAUCACAGCAAUCUCAGUUGGUCAAAGGGUUCCUUGUCUCUUAGCUGGAAAUCAGAGCCAAAUAUCCAUUUUAGCAUACAAGGGAUCUUGCAGCAGUGGGAUUAGUCAAUCUUUGCACAAUUUCUGUAUAAAGUCCAAAGGACUGGAGUCUCAUCAGAUCAUCCUUAUUAUGUCUUUGCAGGAGCCUAUAAAUCGUAUAAUUAGCUGGAGAGCUCACACUCUGCAAAUAAUCAGCAUCUUCUUGGUGGAGGAAGCCGCUGUUGUUAUUUCUGCAUCUGUGGAUUGUUCUGUCAGGGUUUGGUAUGCAUUAAAUGGCCAUUACAUUGGAUACUUUGGACAACACAGUGCGCUGCUUUUAAUGAAUCCCAGUGAGUUUGUUUUACCCAGUGACGUAACCGAAGGACCUGUGGAGGGUAAGUCAAAGCAAUCCAACAAGGCGGACCAUUUGGACUACCCCUUGAUGUUGGACUUGGAAAGAUGGAAGCCAUUUGAUCGGGAAGGUUACUUAAUGAAGAUGAAGCAACAACGGAAAGUUCUUGAUGUUGAUCAAGACAAAAAAUUAUUUAAAUCAGUGACUAUUCCAAGGAAUGUUUUUGAUGUCGGAGCUGUUAAAAUUGCAUGA